AAACCUAUUUCCAUAUUUGGUUGAGGCAAUUGAACUGGGCCAAACGAUGGCAAUAUUGGGCCUUAGAAUGGGAAAUGAGAUGGCAAUGCCCACUGCCCAGUUAUGGUUGAUCCAUUAAAUUUUGGGGGAAAUAAUCUUUUUAAUUUUAAGGGCAGUUUGAUUUGGUUGCUUACUUCCAUCGAGAGUCAGUUAUUUUCAGAUAAACAAAGGAAAAACAUAAAAAAUGAAGUACAAAGAGAGAUGUUCUCUUCUGUCUAUCUUAUUUUCCAGGUCAACAAUUCCAAACAAACAACCCUAUUUAUUAUUCACACCAUAUAAACUUGUAACAUAUGUCUCUUUUUCUUCUUCAUUUUCAGUUACUAACGUGAUCAGGAUCAAAUGGGAAAUGUGAUUGAAUCAUUCUUUUCUGGGUUUGGAAAAGUUUUUGGCAGCCUUUUUGCUUCCCCAUUAGAUUUCCUAUCCGGAAAAUCUUGCAGUUCAGUAUGUGGCAAAACAUGGGAUUUCAUUUGUUACAUCGAGAAUUUCUGUGUGGCCAAUUUGCUAAGAUUGGUCUUAGUAUUUCUUCUGCUCUACAUUGUUCUGUUAUUCAUGUACUUAACAUACAAAUUGGGCAUAUGCGAGUGUGUUUGCCGAAGCCUAUGCAGAAUGACAUGGUCAUGUAUUACAUUUUGUGCUUGUUCUUGUGAGUACUUAUGCACUUUCUUAUGGGUCAAACUCAAAAGAGUCAAAAGAAGACGAAGAAGACGAAGACGGCAAAUUGACCUCGAAGUGUUUGAUAAAAGUACUAGCAGUAGUACUGAUGAAGAUGAAGGUAUUGGAAAUUUGUGUGAUUAUGGUUCUAAUGAUCACUAUAAGAGUAGGAAGAGGAUGUUAUCUCGUUCAAGGAGGGAUUACAAAGGUGCCCAAUUGAGGAAAUCCUUGAGGCCUAGGAGCCAUCGUAGGAUUAUAGUUAGAAACAGAGAUUUGGGUUUUCAUAAUAAUGAUCAUGGUCGUCAUCAUCAACAUCAUCAUCACCAUCUUGAUGAUUCAGGGAAUACAUCUAUCAGGGUUAUUAGGACCUCAAAAUUUGUUCGGAAAGGAACAAUGGGAGGAGGUGUUCAUCGGAGAAGGUAGUGUUCCAUACUAAUAAAUGGUUAAUUUAUCCCAUCUAUCAAAAUUUGUUUCAAAAUGGUACCAUUUUACAAUUUUUUGACAAAUUAUACCAUUUAAGCUUCUAUAAAUUAUGUUUAUAUUGAAAGAAGGUAAGAGCAUGUUAUUUUGUAAGAGAAAUGAUAUUGGG